AUGAGUCAACCAAAAUUUGUUGGAGGGUUGGGCUUCAAGAAGUUAAGGGAGUUCAACUUGGCUAUGGUUGGAAAGCAAGCUUGGAAUAUUGUGACUAAUCCUUCUUCUUUGGUGGCAAGGCCGGUAUGUGUUGGAAAGUUGGAAAUGGACAACAAAUUCGAGUCUGAGAAGAUCCUUGGAUCCCAAAUUUGCCUUCCUCCUGGGUGCAAACAUCGCAGCCUGUUAACUCACAGUAUGGAAGAGCAACAGGCCAUACUGUCUAUUCCCCUCCCUCGAUUUGCUGCUAGUGACAGAUUGAUCUGGAAGUUGGAGCCAAAGGGUCAAUAUUCAGUUAAAUCAGUUUAUAAAUUCCUAACUAAUAUUGGGGAUGGAGUUGUGGGAGGUCAUAUUAGUGCGAUGUGGCGGAAAUUAUGGAACGUCAGGGCUCCUCCUAAGUGUCGCGACUUAGUGUGGAGGGCAGCCAAUAAUGCCAUACCAGUUUUGCAGCUGCUUCAACAGCGACAUGUUCCUGUGCAUAAUUCAUGUCCUUUAUGUAAUUCUGUUAGUGAAUCUGUGCUCCAUGUGCUGGUUACAUGCCCUUUUGCCAAGAGGGUAUGGCUUGCAUCUUCGAUUGGAUGGCUUUUUCCUCAGUCGGCGUCAUUUUUGGCAUGGUUGUGCUCAGUUUUGCAGCUGGUGAGAAAUGACGACCAAGCUAUGGUGGUAAUGAUCUGCUGGGCUCUUUGGCAGGCAAGGAAUGAUGUGGUCUGGUCUUCGAAGUGGUCGAGCCCUACUGCUGUGGUGUAUCGGGCUAGGACAAUCCUCUACGAUUGGUGUAAUGCGCUACACGUUGAUGACAGUUCUUCUGAUGCUGUGCCAGCUCCUCCACCGUUACAUUUCUGGGUUCCACCGCUUCAAGGAUUCUUGAAAGCUAAUGUAGAUGCAGCAGUCUUCCCUGAUGGCUUCAUUGGGGUUGGUGGAGUGCUUCGCUCAUAUGAUGGCUCUUUUGUUGGCGCUUGUCAACAUAGACUCCUUGGUUACUUCUCUCCUAAAACAGUUGAGCUAAUUGCUAUUAGAGAAGUUCUGAGUUGGAUUAAGAGGCUGGGUUAUGAUCAGAUAGUGUUGGAAUCAGAUGCUCUUACGGUAGUGAAGGCUUUGCUUUCUUCUUCAACUUCUGAUUUUUCUAGUUUUGGGUCCCUUGUUGAUGAUUGUAAAUCUCUAAUAGCAGAGAUGAAUUCAGUAUCUAGGACUCAAUCUGCUGAGAUUAGAAUUACUAGUUUGUCGAGACUGGAGGAUUGUCAAGAUUGGAGAAUUUUCAAGAUUGGAAGACCCAUUGCUGAGGUAGUGUUCUUCUCAAGCCAAGAGAGGGAUCUAUUGGGUGUUGUUGAUUUGGAACUAGAGAUUGCUUCUAAUUGCAUUGCAUCAAUACAAAUAGCUUGCAAGUGGCGCAUUAAACUAAUUAAAGUGGAAAUUAGCAUGCCUAUUAUGCAAGAGCUAUGUGGUCUUGACAAUGUGGAAAUUAAGCAGCAACUAAAUAUUGAAUUGUUUUUCAAGAUUUAA